AUGCCCGCACAACGCCAUGUAACUCGCACUCCUACGAGGAACCCACCUAGCAAUGACCUCAGGAGGCAGGUUCUGACCCGCAACUCUGGCGCGCCUUCCAGGAAGUCUUCCAACCUACCUCGCAGGGACCCAAGUGUCCCGGCGAGCGAGGUCCAUCCCGCCCUGAGAACUUAUCGCCAAGCCCCCAGCGUCAAGCCCAUCAUUGAUGUCCUAGACGGUGAGAAUAGUCUUUGGGAUCUUACUGAGAUCUGGUACCAGAUCCUCAAACUCCACUGUGCCCCGGAAGACGGCUUCAUCAUCAAAGCCCUUCCCGAGGCAGCCAGUCCUGAGACACCAGAGACGUACGGACUGCAUUCGAUGACCGUUACCGGACCUGGUGCAGAAGGAUUCAGCACCUUCUUUGCCAUCGUUUGCGCGACCGCAGUGUAUCAGGACAGGACAUCUGUCCGCUUGCGAGCUGCUAAUGAACUCAGAAGGCUGCUCGCUGAGAUAUAUCACGCGCGCGUAACGAAUGGACAGUACUCUCAGCUCCGUGGAGCUGUCGCGGUUGGUCAAUCUGUUCAGUUCUUCAAUUGGGGUGAGGAUGAUGGAGUUCUAAGGGUGUUUCCCUGGGCGACACACCCGUUCGAUAUCAAAGGCGACCAUUACGCUGUCCAAGGUUGUCUUGACAUUGUCGUCCAGAAUCAUUAA